AUGAAGUAUCGUUCAACCCGAGGCAAGUCGCAAGGACUGUCAUUUGAAGCAGCAGUGCUUCAAGGACUUGCACCUGAUGGAGGUCUUUACAUUCCAGAAACCAUUCCUCAAGUUACUCAACAAGACUUGCAAGAGUGGUCAAGUCUGACCUUUUCUGAACUAGCAACUCAACUCUUUCGAAAGUUCAUUGCCGAGUCGGAGAUCAGUACUCGAGAGUUGUCUGAUAUAUGUCAUGCAUCGUUUUCAACUUUUCAAGACCCAGCAGUGGUGACACCACUGUAUCCGUUGGUAGCUGACUCUGGACUGUGGGUGUUGGAGUUGUUUCGAGGACCAACGUUUGCAUUCAAGGAUGUUGCAUUGCAGUUCUUGGGCAACUUGUUUGAUUUCUUUCUUCAACGAAAGAAUGCAGCAUUGAUGGAUGGACAGAAGCGAUAUGGAGUGACGGUGGUUGGAGCGACGAGUGGGGAUACUGGUGGAGCAGCCAUCUAUGGUCUAAGAGGCAAGCCAGACAUUCAAGUGUUUAUUCUACAUCCUCAUGAACGCAUUUCUCGAGUCCAAUACUUGCAAAUGACGACCGUUUUGGAUUCCAAUGUGCACAACAUUGCUUUGAAGGGAUCUUUUGACGAUUGUCAGGAUAUUGUCAAGCAAUUGUUUUCAGACGAGUCUUUACGAACAAAGUAUAGUCUGGCAGCGAUCAACUCGAUCAAUUGGGCUAGAAUUCUAGCUCAAAUCAGUUACUAUUUCUACUCUUACUUUGAUAUUCAGCGACGAGUCAAAGCUUUAGGUUCCAAGAACAACAGUGAGCCAGUGCGUGUGCAGUACAGUGUUCCUACAGGUAAUUUUGGGGAUGUGCUUGCAGGGUUUUAUGCUCGAUCCAUGGGUCUGUGCGUGGACAAGUUGAUUAUUGCAACGAAUGAGAAUGAUAUUCUUUAUCGGUUUAUGGAAACUGGAGCGUAUACCAAGCCCAAGACCAGUGGUAUAAAUGCUGUUGCUCAGACACUUUCACCAGCCAUGGAUAUUCUUGUUAGUUCGAAUUUUGAACGAUUGUUGUGGUACUUGGAAGGAUCCGAUUCACUGAGCAAAGAGGACAUGCAAUCACUAUGCAAGGAUGAGGAUAGGGUACAAAAGACCAGUCAGAUUCUUGCACAACACAUGGAAGACUUGCGAGUCCAGGGUGGGUUUCAAGUUGGACACGACAAGUUGGAACAAGCGCGUCAAGUAUUUGGAUCGAGUCGAGUUGAUGAUGAACAGAUCUCGGAUGCGAUUGCAAGGUAUUACAAGACUACAGGGUAUAUUUUGGAUCCACAUACAGCUGUUGGAGUAGUAUCAGCCGAACGAUUUCUUUCCACGCACCAAGACACUACUGAAUCCAACAAGGUUCAUACAAUCUGUUUAGCCACGGCCAGUCCAGGAAAGUUUCCUGAAGCACCUUCUUCAUUGAUCUCUGUCAUUGAUCAUUUGUCCUUCGAAUCUAAAGUCUCUGAUAAUGAUUUGGCUGCUUACAUUCAUCCCUUGGCCUUGCAUUUGUUGAUGAAGCUGCCGCUUCCAAAAUACCAGCCAACGAUCACGCAGAAAUUAAGCAUGCUCAUCAGCUUGUACUGGAACGUAUUCUAA